AUGUCGCUUGCAGCUUAUACGGAUAUAAAAGGCUGGAACCAGAUAGCUGGUUCAAUCAAUUGCUACUCCCAUCGAGCAUGCGCUCUUGACAGUGCUUCUGAUGUGGAUAAGAAUGGCAGCAUUCAGAAGCGAAGCUCUACUUCGGAUGCGUGGGGCGGUGCCAUGCAACAGGGCACGGGCUGGUACUAUGUUGAAGGCACAGUGACGGUCCCAUACGUCUCUGGACAAGGCUCCAACUAUGCUGUCUCUGCGUGGGUUGGUAUUGAUGGUUGGUCAUGCAACAACGCCAUCUUGCAGACAGGUAUCAAUAUCUACGGCGAUGGCACCCUUGGCGGGUGGACACAGUGGUACCCUAGUCCAUCUAAAUGGUAUGACACCCGCCUGAGCUUCCAGGCCGGCGACAACAUUCGCAUGACUGUCUCAGCUAGCUCUGCAACUGAUGGCACCACCACCCUCACCAACCUACGUACUGGCCAGACCGUCACCCAGCAAUGGUAUGGAAUGGCCCCUAUCUGCGGCAAUACGGCGGAAUGGAUUGUCGAGGACUUUACCGGCUACGAUGGUUACCAUGUACCGCUGGCUAACUUUGGCUCUAUUCCCUUCUACAAUACUGUUGCCUCUGGAAACAGAGGUAAUGUCAACGCUGUUGGCGCUGAUAUUGUCAAUAUUGUGGUUAACGGCCGAUACAAGACGGACUGUGGUUCCAAUCAGAAUGGUGUUCAGUGCAACUACCUCAAUUAGGCCCUGUCUGAUAAGACGUGUUAGAGGGCGUGGGCUGGUAUAGGCCUACGGGAGCCUACGGCAAAUUGUAUAGUUCUAAAAGUAGUGCCCGCAGAAUCUGCUGUGGGAUUAUGUCUUUCUACUUGUUGGCUUUUAUGCUAUUUUAUUAUCGAUAGUUACAUCUUUAUAUCUUUAUGUCUAGUGUUACCUGUGGGUGUUGUAAGGACUGCGGGGGAUCUAAUGACAAGCUCUCCAAACCCCUAGCGUUAUUUCUGGCUUUCUAUAUAUUAGUUUUAUUUACUAUUAUUCUCUAAGAAAAUACAUGAAUUUUCUACCUGACUCUUUGUUUGUACUGUAUGUGUGCUAUGACGGGUGUUUCGGGAGACAAGGGGAAGGGGUCCGAGGGGAAGUGAAUCUACAAUGUAACCUUGGUUGUCGAUGCAGCGUAUCACUUGGCAAGAUGAAUUCUAUUUUGAAAUACGGUUGCUUUACCACGUUUUACUCCCAUUUUACUAUAAUUUUUG